GAGUACGGAGUAGUGGCCAUUGGUGGGGAUGAGUACGGAGUAGUGGCCAUUGGUGGGGAUGAGUACGGAGUAGUGGCCAUUGGUGGGGAUGAGUACGGAGUAGUGGCCAUUGGUGGGGAUGAGUACGGAGUAGUGGCCAUUGGUGGGAUGAGUACGGAGUAGUGGCCAUUGGGUUGGGAUGAGUACGGAGUAGUGGCCAUUGGUUGGGAUGAGUACGGAUGGCCAUUGGUUGGGAUGAGUACGGAGUAGUGGCCAUGGUUGGGAUGAGUACGGAGUAGUGGCCAUGGUUGGGAUGAGUACGGAGUAGUGGCCAUUGGUUGGGAU